UUGCAGAAAGAUUUGGAAGAGGUUAAAGAAUUGCUUACGAAAGCUACAAGGAAACGACUUCGUGAUGUCCUGAUGACAGAGAAGCACAAGCUAGAGCUAGAAAUCAAGAAUCAGCCUCCACCGAAGCCAAAAGAUGCUGCAGAGGAAGAAAAGUCAUCGCUGGGAGGGUACACAGUGAAAAUAAACAAUUAUGGUUGGGAUCAGUCAGAUAAGUUUAUUAAGAUUUACAUCUCUUUAAAUGGAGUCCAGAAGCUUCCAGCUGAGGACGUGCAGGUGAAUUUCACAGAAAGGUCAUUUGAUCUGCUAGUGAAGAAUCUGAAUGGGAAGAACUACACCAUGACCUUCAACAACCUCCUGAAACCCAUCUCUGUGGAAGGCAGCUCUAGAAAGAUAAAGACAGACACGGUCCUUGUGAUGUGUAGGAAGAAGCGGGAGGAAAAAUGGGAAUGUCUCACUCAAGUGGAAAAAGAAAGCAAAGAGAAAGAGAAGGCUGCCUACGACACCUCAGAUCCUAGUGAAGGGCUCAUGAACCUUCUAAAGAAGAUGUAUGCAGAAGGGGAUGAUGAAAUGAAGCGCACCAUCAACAAGGCCUGGGUUGAAAGCAGAGAAAAGCAAUCCAAAGGGGACAUACCAAUGGAUAUUUGAAAGUACUCUUAAGGGCCCGCCUUAACACUGAUCUUCCAUGUGAGACACGCUGUGCUGCAAAGAUCAUUGUUUACACAACCUUCUUCCAAGCAAAGACAGUCAUUUUCCAUUUCAGGUUGGAGAAAAUAUUUAAAUAAAAUAGCUUAUAAAGCA